AUGGCGAUUUUUUUUUCCUCUAUUGAUAAAUUUUUCACUUACAAUGGUGAAUAUAGAAAGGUAAGUUUAUUCAAGGUGUAUUCGUAUUUGAAGGAACCCGAGGCCUCGAGUGAGGUGCAUUACGAUAAGAGGAGGUCAGUGAGUUACGAUGUUCAGCGUAUCAAACAUCCCAGCAAUCAGUUUCACCAAGUGCCGGUGCCGGUGCUGGUGCCGUCGGCUGGGCAAAAUUCAUCAAUGGUUCAAUCGCGAAUUGUUUCUGAUGGGAUCAUCUAUAACUCGUCGUUGCAUAAUUUGUCGUAUCAAAGACCAGUAUCGGAUAUUGCUAGUCCUAGGUUAAUGGAACAGAAGGAGGAGGAAAAGGAGGAGCAGGAGAGGCUAAGGUUUGGUACAUCACAACCGGUGUUGAAAUAUUCACCCGAUACAGAUAUUACUUUGAUGAAAACGUCGCCGUCUCCACCCAAGUCGCUUACUGCUAGUUUACACUCAAAUUCGAAUACCAUAGGCUCGAUAAUAGGCAGUUACAACUAUAGUAAAAGCUCGGUGAAUUUGGAAAGCAAUACGGAUCAUCUAGAGCAUUUAGAGCACAUGGAGCAUUUACAAAAUUCAGAGCCUUUAGAGCAUUUAGAGCAUUUACAACAUUCAGAGAGCUUAGAGCACACAGAUCUUUGCAAAAAACACUCACAUGACUCUCAAACCAAAAGCUUACUAGCGGGAUUUUCAAUACCAACACAUUAUAGGCAUAAUUCGGAUACUUCAACUCUUUCCAAUCUGUCUGCAACCGACCAGCUCAACAAAAAUAGAAGAUUUGUAAAAUAUGCCAUGAACACGCAAUCGCAAUUCUCGAAACCGACAAAAAAGUGGGAUAUCGACAGUGUUAUAGAGUGGUUGAAAGCACACCAGUUCAACAGGUCUUGGCAGGACACUUUUAAAAACAAUGAAAUUUCCGGUAAUAGAUUUUUAGAAUUGGAGAAUUUCGAUAAGGACUCGGCAAUUUGGAAACAGUUUUCGAAAUACUUGGAGCUCGAUGGAGAACUAAACUCCAUCGCAAGAUUUAUAAACUUGUUGCACCAGGAAACAGUCCAGGAGGAAAGUGAAUCCCUCGAUGUACCAUCGCCGAUUAAUUCCAAGUACGAGUAUAGAAAGUCGACCUCGGCUUUGUCAGCCACAUCGAUAUCGAAUUCGUCGUACCAAAGACCAAACUCAUACGUUGAUUCAAGGCCAAAGGAGCAGCAAUUACCUUUACCAUCACAUGGUGUACUUUUCCGCAAGGGCCAUAAAACCACCGGCACUAAUGAAGGCAAGGAUAAGAGAAAAUCCCUGUUUCAAGAUGAUUUCAAAAAAUCUUUGAAAACAGAAACAAAAAGGUCGAGCGGGAUUCUUAAUACUAUUCGUAAAUUCGGAGGUGACAAGGCUGUAGGGAUUGUGAAAUCUACCAAUAGACAACCCGAUAGAAAUAGCGUUGCUUUUUCUGCUCCACAACCACUACAACCUCUGCAAAUACAACCACAACCACAACCACAACCACAACCACAACCUCUGCAACCACAACCACAACCUCUGCAACUACAACAACAACUACAACCACAACCAUCGCGAUUACCACCACAACCAUCGCGAUUACCACCACAACCAUCGCGAUUAUCACCACAACCACAACCACAACCACAACCACUAUUACUACCCGGUUGGGAUUCAAAUACAGCUGUGCCAUCAUCAAAUCCGUGGCGGAGGCCUGCUUUUGCUCACAACACAGAAUCAUUUAACUUUGUUCCUUUGCCAACAUCUCCCAUUGGCGAUAAUUACAGGCCUAAACAAAUAUAUUAUCGUGAUUCUGUUACAUUUUUGGUAAGCAAAGAUAACCAUACAUUUAUACCGGUGACUAUACCCAAGACCGAGUUUGCUGAUGGAAAUGUUGUCAAAAAUAAAAUUAUUGAUAGUCUUGGUCUUUUACGCAUUGGUACAAUUGAGUUCCAUUUAACUGACUUUAAUUCGUUAGAGGGAGCAUCACUUCCAGAUAAGUUGAUUACCAAAGCGAUUUUAUCGCAAGAGUUGGCAAAAAUCCUUGUCAAGCAAGAGAUUGGUUCACCUCGUGGCACCACCACUAACUCAUCAGAUUCAAAAUCAUUAGAAACAAAUAGUUUCAAGUCUACACCGGUGAAUCUUUUACAAAGUAUAAAUGACACAAGAGUAGAUUAUUUGAACUUUGAGGAAGGGGAGAUGCUUUGUAAAACUCAAGAGAACCUGAAAUUCGAUGAAAAUUGUAUGAAGAGCUUUUUGCAAGCAAAAAAUCAAUACGGCCAGCAUGGCUUUCCGUUGAAAUUUCCAUUUGAAGCUCGGAACAAGGCACUACCAGCUCUUCAAGUAGACACCUCUCAGAUACUACCCGAACCUACUAUAACACCAGAAUCCUCAGAAUUUUCAUUUCGUGGUGCAGUAAAAGAAGCAGAUAAUGGAACGGAGAGGAUGCGGAAGUCUUUACAUGAAAAGAAAGAUGCUGAUUUAAGCAACAAUAGCAAUAACAACAACAACAACAACAACAACAACAACAAUAAGAACAUGUCAUCGGCAAUAUCAGAUUUGAAGAAGACACCGGCAACUACUAGCACGGUACUGACACUGAAAGGUGAAACUAAGAAUGUGAAAAAGACUAAAUCGUUUACUGAAGGAAACGAUCCGAAAAAUGAGAGAUUUGAUUUGAUUGUUGCAAAGAGAGCUGCCCCGCCGCCACCUGCGGAUAGAAAGGUCCUGUUGCUGAAACAGCAGAAUGCAUUGCCAUCAAAAAAUACACGAACUCAGAGAUCAGUCAGUCUGAUAAGCAUGAGAAAUAAUAGCGAUGAGGACUUUUUUGUUAAGCCAAUGAAAAAUAGUAGCAGGGUUUCAAGUAUACCAAGUAUAUCAACAACACAAACUGGUUCAGAUUCAUUCACCAACUCCGAAACGGAAGAAGAAGAAAAUAAAGGAAAAGAAGGAAAAGAAACAGAAGAAGAAAACGAAAAAGAAGAAAAAGAAGGAAAAGAAGGAAAAGAAGAAGAAGAAGGAAAAGAAGGAAAAGAAGAAGAAGAAGAAGGAAAAGAAGAAGUAGAAGAAGAAGAAUUUUUUGUCAAACCAUUGAAGCAUAAGACUCUGCAAAUGAUAGUGCGACCUCCAGUUGAAGAAGUUUAUGAUAAUUUAGAAAGGUAUUUCCCCCAUACAAAUCUUGAUAAACCAAUAAUUGAUGACGAUGCACCAACUGCACCAACUGCGCCGCCAGUUCAACAACAAAAGAAACGUACGAUAUCAAGAACAUUUUCGAAUGCGAAUAAAUCCCCAAUAAAUGCUCCUGAAUUUUCAAUGGAUUCGGCUUCAAAUAAUCCAUUUAGUGUUCGGCGAAUAAAAACUAUCAGAGGAGUUGCCAAUGAGGCGCGAAGAAAAGUAUUGAAACAAAAACAAGAGACACCUAUUGUAGUGUCUGAUAAUGUAUCUAGACAAGAGAGCACGAAAUUGAAGCGGUCUAAUACGAAAAUGUGGGGUCAAAAAGUUUAUGAAGUGACCAGCAAGGAAAUAGAUAAGGGGUUUGUUAGCAAGCUCCGAAACAAGGAUGGCAAUUACGAGAGCUUUAUUUGGAUCAAAGGUGAGUUGAUUGGAAGAGGCUCGUAUGGGGAUGUUUACCUAGCCUUGAAUGUGACAACAGGAGAAAUGAUUGCUUUGAAGCAGGUUUACACGCAGAAUAAAAUUGAUGUUGAUGAAUUUAACAAGGAAAUUGAAAAUAUGAAAGAUCUCGACCAUCCUAAUAUAGUGCAGUAUCUAGGAUGCGAGCAGCAGAAAAACGUGUAUUGUUUGUUUAUGGAAUAUGUUGCUGGAGGCUCGAUUGCCACUUGCCUUAAAUCUUAUGGCCGAUUUGACGAGGAGCUAAUUAGGUUUUUGACGAGACAAGUAUUGUUGGGAUUGGAAUAUCUACACGCGAAUAACACAAUACAUCGGGAUUUGAAAGCGGACAAUCUCUUGUUGGACAUUGAUGGGACAUGCAAAAUAUCAGAUUUUGGAAUUUCCAAAAAAAAUAACGACGUUUAUGCAAACAAUGCAAAUAUGUCGAUGAAGGGUACUAUAUUCUGGAUGGCACCUGAAGUCAUUGACAAUUUGGCCGAAGGGUAUAGUGCCAAGAUUGAUAUUUGGUCAUUGGGGUGUGUUGUUUUGGAAAUGUUUGCUGGCAAACGUCCGUGGUCGAAUGAAGCUGCAAUCAGUGUCAUUUACAAAGCUGGCAAGGAGAAGAAAGCACCGCCGAUACCUAAGGAUAUUGUACAUUUAGUUAGCCAACAAGCCGAGUCAUUUAUUAACAGAUGCUUUACUAUUGACCCCAAGUUGAGACCAACUGCUGAGGAGUUGCUAUACGAUCCAUUUGUAAAGCCAAACGACAAUUUCAAUUUCGACGUGACGGAGUUGGCAAGAAUAAUUAAAUUUAAUAGACAUUAA